AUGGCCGACGCUGAGGAUAUUCAACCACUUGUGUGUGACAAUGGGACAGGAAUGGUUAAGGCUGGGUUUGCUGGAGAUGAUGCUCCAAGGGCUGUCUUUCCUAGCAUUGUUGGCCGCCCACGUCACACAGGUGUGAUGGUUGGCAUGGGUCAAAAGGAUGCAUAUGUUGGGGAUGAGGCUCAGUCUAAGCGUGGUAUAUUGACUUUGAAAUACCCGAUUGAACAUGGUAUUGUGAGCAACUGGGAUGAUAUGGAGAAGAUUUGGCAUCAUACUUUCUACAAUGAACUACGUGUGGCUCCAGAAGAACAUCCAGUUCUACUCACUGAAGCACCUCUGAACCCAAAGGCUAAUCGUGAGAAAAUGACCCAAAUUAUGUUUGAGACAUUCAACACUCCUGCUAUGUAUGUAGCCAUCCAGGCUGUUCUUUCCCUCUACGCCAGUGGUCGUACAACUGGUAUUGUUCUGGACUCUGGAGAUGGUGUCAGUCACACUGUCCCCAUUUAUGAGGGAUAUGCUCUCCCGCAUGCUAUCCUUCGUCUUGACUUAGCAGGUCGUGACCUCACCGAUGCCCUUAUGAAAAUUUUGACGGAGCGUGGUUAUUCCUUCACCACCACAGCUGAGCGUGAAAUUGUCAGGGAUAUGAAGGAGAAGCUUGCAUAUAUUGCCCUUGAUUAUGAGCAGGAGCUUGAAACGUCAAAGACUAGUUCUUCUGUUGAGAAAAGCUAUGAAUUGCCUGAUGGGCAGGUGAUCACCAUUGGUGCCGAGCGUUUCCGCUGCCCAGAAGUACUCUUCCAGCCGUCUAUGAUUGGAAUGGAAGCUGCUGGCAUUCACGAGACCACAUACAACUCUAUCAUGAAGUGUGAUGUCGAUAUUAGGAAAGAUUUGUAUGGAAACAUUGUUCUUAGUGGUGGGUCUACCAUGUUCCCUGGCAUUGCUGACAGAAUGAGCAAAGAAAUCACAGCUUUAGCACCUAGCAGCAUGAAAAUCAAGGUUGUUGCUCCACCUGAGAGGAAGUACAGUGUCUGGAUUGGUGGAUCCAUCCUUGCAUCUCUUAGCACUUUCCAGCAGAUGUGGAUCGCAAAGGCAGAGUAUGACGAAUCUGGCCCAUCAAUUGUACACAGGAAGUGCUUCUAA